GGGAGGCAUUGCAAUUGCGUGCGGGGGUUACCAUCUGAACUGACGUGAAGCUGUGGUAAAACAGGCAGGUAUUUCCCUUUCCCGUCUCUGCAAGUCGUCCAGUUUGCGGCUAACGGACUGCAUUCCACGUAGACUUUUUUUUGAAAUAAAUAUUUUGCUUUUGCAGACAGCGCUUGGUCUGCGUGCACUGUUAUUUUAAAAUUUUUUUUUGCAAGUACAGUCGAAGAGAAUGGCUGCAUUCAGAUCCUUGUCCGCCUUGCCUCUACUGCUGUCUCUUCUGGGCGAUUUGCGGGGCUCUCUGCAAGAAUCCGAAGCAGUGGACCAACACAGUAAACACCUCUAUGAUGCGGACCUCUUCAGCCACGCAGUACAAACCACUCCUCACUUCAUCAUGUUCUUUGCGCCAUGGUGUGGACAUUGCCAGAGGCUUCAGUCUACAUGGAAUGAAUUGGGGGACAAGUACAACAACAUGGAUUCACCUCCACUUAACGUUGCUAAAGUUGACUGCACCAAAGACACCCAGAUCUGUUCUGAUCAUGGAGUCAGGGGAUACCCUACACUGAAGUUGUUCAAACCCGACCAGGAAGCAGUGAAGUAUCAAGGGCCUCGUGACUUUCAGUCUCUGGAAACAUGGAUGCUUCAGACCCUGAAUGCUGAACCUGCUCAGGCUGAAUCAGAACAGGAGCCUCCCACAGUCCCAGAAGCCAAGCAGGGCUUGUAUGAACUCUCAGCCAACAACUUCAAGCUGCACACAGGACAAGGCUUUCACUUCAUCAAGUUCUUUGCUCCCUGGUGUGGGCACUGCAAAGCACUGGCUCCAACGUGGGAGCAGUUGGCAGCGACCUUUGAGCAAUCCGACAUGGUGAAGAUUGGCAAGGUUGACUGCACCCUCCAUCAGCAGCUGUGCUCUGACAGCCAAGUGCGAGGAUAUCCCACGCUGCUCUGGUUCAAGGAUGGCAAAAAGGUCGAUCAGUACAAGGGAAAGCGAGAUCUGGACUCCUUAAAGGAAUAUGUGGAUUCCCAGUUGAAGGCUGCUCAACCCUCUGAAGAUGAAGACAGUAGUGAAGAUGAGGAAGAGGAUAAACCUGAGGGAGAGGAGGAGGUGGAGGAGGUAGCAGAAGCAGAGGAGGAAAUGAACAAAGUUCUCGUCCUGACUGAAAGCAAUUUUGAGCAGACCAUAGGCACGGGUGUGACCUUUGUGAAGUUUUACGCCCCCUGGUGUGGUCAUUGUAAGAGUCUAGCACCGACCUGGGAUGAACUUGCCAAACAAGUGUUUCCUGGAUUAAGUGAUAUUAAGAUUGCCAAAGUGGACUGCACAGCCCAACGCUCCCUCUGUAAUCAGUAUUCGGUUCGUGGUUAUCCAACGUUGCUGCUAUUCCGUGGAGGUCAGAAGUUAGGUGAGCACAAUGGAGCCAGGGAUUUGGACUCUCUUCACAGCUUCAUCCUCCAGCAAGCCAAGGAUGAACUGUAGGGUGCAUACCUCCUGCACAGCCGCCACCUCGUGUCACUGAUGUACAAUUGUGUCCAAACUUGUAAUUGCCAGAAAUGUGGUUGUAUACUUUCUCCUCUGUCAAGGUUUGUACCUAAGGGUUAACAGCAAUCUCCAGCAUUCAGAUUGGUUAAAUUGGCUGUGGUUUUUAAUCAGAGUGGUGCCUUGUGUGUGUGCGUGUGUGUGUGCGCAUAAAAAGGAGAGAUUUUGCUUCCUGUGCCUGCCAGCCUAACACUUCUACAUGAAUGUGGUUCAUACGUAGUUAACAGACAAUCAUCUGUACCUGAUUAGCAAUUGCAGUACUGUGGGCAUAAAACAGAAUACCUCAGCGUAUCUUCAGGCCACAUUCACCUGCGUGAGUUAUGGUAAGGAGGAACUACCAGUCUGUGCAGUGAGUGACUGUUAGAUUUGUAGAGCUUGAUUAAUUUGUGUUGCUUAAAAAGAAAAUCAAAUCACUUGUGAAACCAGGCAAUGUUGUUUGACCACUUUAACAAUUCAUUGUGGGGGUGGGGGGGGGGAGCUAAACUGGACAAUGCAGUAGUUACCAUGUAACAUUUGCACCCCCUUUUUAGAUAAGUAAUGGGUUGAACAACCCUGCAGUUUGAGAUUAAUUAACUUCAGGCAUUUUUUUAACAUGACUGUGGCUAAAGUAGAGAAAGUGGCUAAAAGAACCAUGUUUCCAAAAUAUUUUAAAACUACUUCCAAAGCAGCAAACGUUACAGUCUAUUGCAGUGGUGGUUAUGGUCAGAGACACUUCAAACAUUGUGAGUUACUGGGAACACCAGACCCAAGGUGUAGAACUGUUCACUGUUCGUACGUGUUGCUGCAAAUGAGUGAGCAAAUUGUACAGGAAAACCACUUAAUUUUAACAUCCUUUAUUGUUAGCAUGUGUGUUAGGAGAAUGAAUUGUAUGUUUCCAGGUGGGAGGUGGAUAGCAGUAAAACUUGUGUGUGGUUGGCACUUAAUUUUUGUACAAUAAAAUCAUUAAACAAAAUGUGAGAUGCUACAUCAAAAGUUUACAUUACUUGGCAAUUUCUAAUAAAAAAAAAUGUAAAUGAU